AUGGUUCAAGUGAUGCUGAAAUCAGAAAGAUCGCCCCAUAGCAACCUUCCGAUAAUUCGUAUACCAGGUGAUGGUAGAUGUAUGUUCAGAUCAGUGAUCUAUGGUGCCAGCCUCAGAACAGGAGACCAACCUCCAAGUCUCACCAAGCAAAAAGAACUUGCAGAUGAACUCAGAGCAAAAGUUGUGGAUGAAUUCAUCAAGAGAAGAGCAGACACUGAAUGGUUUCUUGAGGGUGACUUUAACACCUAUACAAUGCAAAUGAGAAAGUGUCAAGUAUGGGGAGGAGAGCCUGAACUUCUCAUGUCAUCACAUGUUUUACAGAUGCCUAUAACAGUGGUGAUGCAGGAUAUGAAUUCCAAUAACCUUAAAAUUAUAGCUGAGUAUGGUCAAGAGUAUGGAAAAGAGAAGCCUAUUAGAGUUAUAUAUGAUGGUUAUGGGCACUAUGAUGUAUUGAAAUGUUCAACAUGA